CAAAUCAAAACCCCAAACUACACGCAGCGCUGCGCCCACGCGCACUUCACCUCCACGACCUACACGCCUCGCUCGCUCAGUCCUCCGGCUGCCGCCAACGCCGCCGUUCUGCACGAGCGAAGACGAUGGCGAGCGGGGAGAAGGUGGACUAUGUGUUUAAAGUGGUGCUGAUCGGGGACUCGGCCGUCGGCAAGUCGCAGAUCCUGGCGCGGUUCGCGCGCAACGAGUUCAGCCUCGACUCCAAGGCCACCAUCGGUGUCGAGUUCCAGACGCGCACGCUCGUCAUCGACCACAAGUCCGUCAAGGCCCAGAUCUGGGACACCGCCGGCCAGGAGAGGUACAGAGCUGUCACGAGCGCAUAUUACAGAGGCGCUUUGGGAGCUCUGCUAGUCUAUGACAUCACCAAGCGCCAGAGCUUUGACCACAUACCUCGCUGGCUGGAGGAACUCCGAGGUCAUGCAGACAAAAACAUUGUCAUCAUGCUGGUUGGCAAUAAGAGCGACCUUGAAGAUGAGCGGGCUGUUAGCACUGAGGAUGCCAAAGAGUUUGCUGAGAAGGAGAACCUCUUCUUCCUGGAGACGUCCGCGCUGCAGGCCACCAAUGUCGAAAGCGCCUUCCAGACUGUCUUGUCAGAGAUCUUCAAGAUCCACAGCAAGAAGAACAUUGUGACCGACCCAAAGGCCAAUGGUGCUGCGCCGCCGCUGGCCGGCAAGAAGGUUCUUGUCCCAGGCCCAGCACAGGAGAUCCCAAAGAGCAAGUGCUGCAGUUCUAUGUAAUCUCUCUGCUACCAGAUUUGUUGGAUUUGUGUGUGUUUUGAGAAUAUUCACGCUGUCUGGAUAUAGAUCCCUACUGAGAUAGUCUUAGGUUUCAAGUAUUGGUUCAUUUGGUGAGACGGAUGGGGUCGGUGGCAGAGCAAGAUUUUGCACUCAUCUCCACUGACUAUGAGGUUAGGGAGUGAGCAGAUGAAGUCCCUUUUCAUAGGUCCGAGCCGUGGGAUUGAUUAUCAAUUGCCGUGUAUGACUCAGAACACCGUCAAGCCUUUAUGUAAUGUUAUACAUAUAUUAUAUACUACGUAGCUCA